GUAUAAAUUAAAGUCGUGUUUCAAGCGUGGUCACAACGUCCUCUGGCGGUUCCACCGAGAACUUGAGCACGAGAGAGACAGAGCAAACGUGGACAACUUUCAGACGAUUAAUUGGUAUCACACACUCAAAUACAUAACUCCCUUUUCCCUCUAUAAAAGAAAAAUACAAUCCAGCCUAAAUAUAAUAUGGCCACUAUUCAACCAAAGGGUUAUUYUCUUUGGUUCAACUAUUGAAAAAGGUAGGCAAGCUACAUCAAUAGGCUAUCACAGAAGAAUAUCAUGCACGUUUAUUCCACAGAGUAUGUAGCCUGUGGUUUAUUCCUAGAUGUAAUUACGCUUUCUCAAAAGAAGAUGUCACUUCGUAUCCAAGACAUCUGAUUUUGGGUUUAGCGAGUUGGGAAAGACGUGACGUCAUGAACACUUCAAAAUGGCUACUGGUGUGGUAUUAGUGCUGCUGACUGGUACAUGGGGYUUGCAUUAAUCUGUUACAGCACAGGCCCGAUUGAAAUGUUAUUUUGACCAAACGUUCCUCAAAACAGUAUGCUGUUUUUGUGGGUCUGCCAGAUUAAAAACGACAGACUACAAAACAUGGUCACGCUCUCAAAGAACAACGAAGACUGGGAGCUCAGACGUCCGAGAGGGCGACGCUGCAGGAUUUUAUGUCCGAAGCUGUAACUAGCUUCGCGGAGGGUACAUGAAAUGGAAACAGCAGAACAUGGAGAUGUGGUUCUUGUUUUGCCCGUCGAUGUCAACGAAAACGAAGAGGCAGGUAAAUCUUACGGUUCACAUGCCGACUGUAAUAUAAUAGCAACGUCUCGCCCAUUGGACGACAACGGAAGCCGAGUAUGCGCGGCGGAUGAGGGUCAAACGGGGAAAGGUUAUGUUUAUAUAGCCAGCAAUGGGAAGAAUCCAAUCGUUGACUGUGUCGUGUUACCAUCGCAGAACGUCCGAGUUGGGAAUACAAUAAUGCGGGAUUUGGUUGCAGACUGUCUCCCCACUCAGAUGAAUGAAAGCGGUGUAAUUUCAGACCUGUGCAACGACCCACCGCACCCGAACGACCACAGACUUAAUGGAUUUACUGAGUCAUCGGUUCAGCUAAUGGUCGGGUCUGAAGCUGACGGAGGGGGGAGCGGGGGGCKCUUUUCCUGCUCAGACACAGCUGCAAACGCCUACAGACACGAGGAGGGGAACGGAAUGUUACUGCAGCUGGCUCGUGUUUCACAGCGGGGAAAACUGGAUUAUGAGGGGGAGACUCAAGAUUCCAACUCGGGUACACUGAAAGAGGGGGAUUCUAAUAUGGAGCCAGGGCCACAGCCGCCAUCUCUCUUUCCAUUGUCAUGUAGGCCUAUAGACAACCAUCAACAGAAUUACACUUUCACAGACUCUGUUGAUUUGGACAUGAAGAUGGCCAACGGGGAUAUGGAUUGUUAUUUAUCAAAUGAUGAUUGGUCUACAGAUGUGGAUACUGAUUAUUGUAGCCAGAUGGACACAUGCAACCGACUGCUAUGCCAAGGACUUGACUGCUCUGUCAUGGAAGUAAAUGGUGGCCUGCAUACUGUAAACACUGGAGCUACAUGUGAUUUUGAUGCUGUUUCCUCAGAAAGAACCACAAAUGUUCCAUUUGAUGUKGUCGUGGUGCAUGCUUCUAAUCUGCAGCGCCAAAACAUCCCUGGCAGCCCAGAGGGAGCUCCCCCAGCAGCUGCCAAGCCCCCCGAUGCAGCGAGUAGUGUUCCGGACUCUGAGGGUGUCCCUUCAGAAUCGAGUGCCAAACUCCCGUCUCCCUCUCCGUCAACACUUUCUGAAAACACCAGCAACAGUCCAAACACAGAACCCAGCAUGAGAGAGGAUUUGAGUGAGUGCAGUCUCCCAGCUAGGCCUCUCAGCCUCAGGACUAACCCAAACAUCACAGUCUCUCUCAGCUGUGAUGCCACCCCUCUCAGCCCGGAGGAUGGGGACAUGUUAUUUGGAGAUGAGGGGGGUGCUGACUGCUCUAGAAACACUUAUGAUAUCGGUCGUCGUCAAAGUGCCCCAGAGAAACUCCCCGACGGGUCGACAGUUCUGUCCURUUCUAAGAAGUUUGGAAUCUCUGAUUUUUUCACCAGCAACACAAGACCUUGGGGAGGGUGCCUUUCUGAAUUCCUUCACAACGAGGGAAGAACAAACUUGGCCGACCUGGCCCCCACUGUACCACACACUCACUCCAGACAGCCAGAAACUCUCUCAUAUCACUGCAGCUUCGCUGAUGGCCCAACCCAACUCUUCACACACCUACGGAACCUGUUUUCUAGGAAGCCCAAAGAGCCAAAGCCACCUUCCCAGAAUGCUCCUGGGUGGAGGUUGUUUGGAAAGGUCCCCCUGAAGGAGAACACUACUAAAGAUCCUAAAGACUCCUUCACCAUCCAGCAGGAGUACCAGGUGAAGGUUGGACCAGCUCCAGGCCCCCAGGUCCAGCUCUCUGCAGCGCGGCGGAAAAACCUGGAGUUUGAGCCGUUGUCUACCACAGCUCUGAUACUAGAGGACAGGCCAUCGAACCUUCCUGCCAAGUCUGUUGAGGAGGCCAUGCGUCACAGACAAGAGUAUGACGAGAUGGUGGCAGGAGCCAAGAGGAGAGAGCUGAAGGAGGCCCAGAAGAAGAAGCGUCAGAUGAAGGAGAGGUUUAAACAGGAGGACAGCAUCGCCAACGCCAUGGUCAUCUGGAACAAUGACGUCCUGCCCAACUGGGACUGCAUGCGUAACACGCGUCGGGUCAGAGAGCUCUGGUGGCAGGGCCUUCCUCCCAGCGUCCGAGGACGAGUCUGGAGCCUGGCCAUCGGCAACGAGCUCAACAUCACCCCCGAGUUGUUUGAGAUAUUUCUGUCUCGGGCCAAGGAGAGGUGGAAGAGCUUCAGUGAGACCAGCUCUGAAAACGAGACAGAGGACUCUGGAUCAUUACAGGCGGAUAGAGAGUCAAGUCUGGACCUGAUAAAGCUGGACAUCUCCAGGACCUUCCCCUCUCUCUUUAUUUUUCAGAAGGGUGGGCCCUAUCAUGACCUCUUGCACAGUGUUCUGGGGGCGUACACGUGUUAUAGACCAGACGUGGGCUAUGUCCAGGGGAUGUCCUUCAUCGCUGCAGUYCUAAUCCUGAAUCUGGAGGAAGCUGACGCCUUCAUCGCCUUCGCCAACCUGCUCAACAAGCCCUGUCAGAUGGCCUUCUUCAGAGUGGACCACGACCUGAUGUUGAAAUACUUCGCUGCUUUCGAGGUGUUCUUUGAAGAGAACCUCCCACGGCUAUUCAAUCACUUUCAGAUCAACAACCUCACCCCUGACCUUUAUCUCAUAGACUGGAUCUUCACCCUGUACAGUAAGUCGUUGCCAUUGGAUGUGGCGUGUCGCGUGUGGGACGUGUUUUGUCGGGACGGGGAGGAGUGUCUGUUCCGGACAGGCCUGGGCAUCCUGCGCCUCUACCAGGAGGUCCUACUGCAGAUGGACUUCAUCCAUAUGGCCCAGUUCCUCACCCGCCUGCCUGAUGACAUAGCCGCUGACAACCUGUUCAGCUGCAUCACUGCCACACAGAUGCUCAGCAGCAACCGCAAGUGGGGCCAGGUCUUCUCUGCAUUGAUGAAGGAUGGCAAUAAGGAAGUAGCCAACCACAGUCCGGCUCCAAGAAGCUAACGGUUUAGACACACGAACCCCACUACCCAAUGUGUUUCUGAAUCUGUGACACACGCACUUGGAUUUCUUCUGGGGACUGUUGCUAAGGCAACAGGAAUGCUUUGCUUGGUUAUGAAAUGGACAKCAAAUGGAUGUAAUACUGGGAGGUGGCAACACAUCCCUACCUAUCUCUACGCACACACACACACACUGGCAUCAGAAGUGUGGCUGAAAUGAAUGUUGGUGCAUCAGAGAACCAUUAGCAACUAUGAAUGAUGAAAUCUGGUAGAAAAUACUUUAGGCCGGGAGAGUUUUGUUAUUGCGCAUACGGCAAGUGGCUAUAAGGAGUUCCCAAAGCUCCUAUCAACACUCCAUUGGUUUGCGUACACUACACACAUUAAGUAUAUGUCCAUUUUCAUCCCUACAUAUCUCCACACACACACUCACAUAAUAACAGCAUUAUAAACAGGCCUUAGGUGGACCAUGAAACCACUGACUCACCCAUACAGUCUGGUCAGAAAUAUGUUAUACUUUCAGAUUGUAAAGCUGUUAAAUGUACUUGUCUCUUUUUGUUUUUAGGUUAUACCAAAUUUCUCCACGACUAAGUGUUUGUAAAUAUGAACUUAAACAUAUGUACCUAUUUGUAUGUAUUAAUGUAUGGUAUACACAUACAGUAUUUUCCUCGUGUUCACUAAUUCAACAGGACCCUUGGCAAACAGUGAUUCUGGAAUAGGAAAUACCAACGGUAAAACAAGGAGCGACUUGGUGAAAUCUUUUGAAAAACUAUUGAAUCUGAGUGCUCUUAUGUUAGUUUAAAGGUCCAAUGCAGCCAUUUUUAUCUCAAUAUCAAAUAAUUUCUGCUUAACAAUGAAGUACCUUACUGUGAU